AUGGCUUCUAUUUACAUUAUCACCAUCUUUCUCCUCUUUUCCACUGCAUCUUAUGCCUCUAGUCUCACUAUGAGACCACUACAUCAACGUCGUGCAUGGAUUGAGUCAGAGGAUGCAUUGUCGAAGGGCUUUCAUAUUGCUGACAUAGUUGUUGCUGCAGAUGGAACUGGAAAUUUCACUAGAGUGGUUGAUGCGGUGUUGUCCGCACCUUUGCGCAGCACGAGACGUUUCAUCAUACACGUGAAAAAGGGGGUUUAUAAUGAACACGUUGUUGUUGGUGAUGAUAAAUGGAACAUUGUUAUGAUUGGAGAUGGCAUGGAUGCCACAAUCAGCACUGGUAAUUUGAGUGAGGGUCAUGACCAUGUGGGUACCUACAAUUCAUCUACCUUUAGUGUCUUAGGAAGAAGAUUUAUUGCACAAUACAUGUCUUUUGAGAAUACUGCAGGGGCGCUAAACGGGCAAGCUGUGGCUUUAUUAUCAGCCUCAAACCAAUCUGUCUUCUACCGAUGUGGAAUUUCCGGCUACCAGGACAGUUUGUGGGCCGACUCCGGUCUCCAAUACUAUAGGGAAUGUAAAAUCCGUGGCAGUGCGGAUUUUAUAUUUGGCAGAGCCGCUGCCGUGUUUCAGUACUGUCAAAUAUUGGUUAGAAAAGGGUCAACCAACCAGAACCCCAUCGCGGCCCAAGGUGGACCAUACGAUAACAAAACAACUUUUGGUUUCACCUUCCAGUUUUGCAACAUCUCAGCUGAUUUGGAUCUUAUUCCAUACCUUGGCUCGAUUCGGACGUAUCUGGGAAGGCCUUGGCAGAAUUACUCCAAAACCAUCUUCAUGGAAUGUCAAAUAAGUGAGGUGGUAGAUCCUGAAGGAUGGCUGAAGUGGGGUGGCACCGACCAUGCUCAAGAUACACUUUUCUAUGCGGAAUAUAAGAAUUAUGGGUUAGGAGCUGGAGUACAGAAACGGGUUAAGUGGCCAGGGUACCAUGUUUUUACUGAUCCUAAACAGGCCUUAAACUUCACGGUUGCGCAUUUGAUUUCUGGAUAUUAUUGGUUACCAUCAACCGGGAUACCUUUCACUCCUUACUUUGGAUGA